AUGUUUAGAAGUUUGGCAACUCAAAAACUCUAUAAAGAAGGCUCAACUACCUGCGAUGACAGCGAUUGUUUCAAUACUACAGGCCUGUACAAAAGUCUAGAAACUAUAAAAUUUGGAUUUAUUGAGGAUGAAAAACAAAAGAAACGGGAUUCUAUGUUGGAGUCUACCUGUGAUGAUGACUUGAGUUAAAAAGAAUUCAUAUAUGAAGGUAUCCUAGGCAUACUAGACUAAGUAAAGGGCUUCAAAGAGUUCUGCGGACUCAGAUUAGAACUGAAUUUCUAGCACACAGCUGAGACAGCCUUUUCUAGGCCAAUUUAAAAUGUUGAAGAUGAAUCUAUUUACAGUUCUCAUUACUCUAGUGAUGAGUUCUCAGAAGUUUAAAGCGAAGUAGAGGUUUAAUCAGAGGAGUAUUCUGAUGAAUAGCAUAGUUUUAUGGAAAAGUAGCAGUAAGUUAUACAGUCUAAAUUGGACAGAAAACUGGACUUCACAAUGGUCAAUAGUGAAUUUGAGAGUUAUGAAGAAGUAGAUCCUCUUCGAAGAAAUGUUCUUUCUCUUUUGGUGCUGCUAGGAUUAGCAGUAGGCUAAGAGGGUACUAUUAAGAUCAACCAGAAUUCGAGGUUUAUGGUUGACAAGCAUGGAAGGUCUACGAUAUUCCAUGGAGUUAACGUAGUUUACAAAGUUGAUCCUUACAUCCCUAUUGAGGAUAAAUUUGAACCUUAGCUUUCACUGAAUGACAAGGAUAUUGACGAUCUUGUAAGCUGGGGUUUCAAUUUAGUCAGACUCGGAGUCAUGUGGGAAUCAGUCGAAAGAGCCCCCGGAGUCUACGACUAUGGAUAUCUAAAGAAGGUCAACGACUUGAUUAAUAAACUAGGAGCAAAGGGAAUUUACACACUUGUGGAUGGUCAUUAGGAUGUACUCGCCAGAUCACUUUGCGGUGAGGGAAUCCCAACAUUCCAUAUUCCCUUCGAAUCUCUAAAUCACACUUGCCCAGGCACUAUUAUCCCCUGGAUUGCUGAUAUAUUUGGAGCUUGCAAAUCAAUUUCAGACUAUGGAUUUAGAUAUGAUAGCAAUGGAUGGCCUUUAAUCGAGGACUGUACAAAACAUGGAUUCCCUAUUUAUUACACAGCUCCAGAGACAGUUCACGCAUUCCAAAAGCUCUAUGACAACAUUGAUGGACUUCAAGAUAAAUUCAUGGCUUUCUGGGAUGUUGUCGCAGAGGCAUUCGCUGAUAACCAAUAUGUCAUUGGAUACGAUCCAUUAAAUGAACCUUUCCCCUCAAACUACUACUUAGAUCCAAUGCUCAUUCUGUCACCAGGUAAGUUCGACAGAGAAAAGCUGCAACCACUCUACAAGAGAGCCUUUGAUAUUUAUCAAAAGCACGACUCCUCAAAGAUAAUGUACUAUGAAGCAGCUGAAUUCCCAGAUGAGGUUGGAGUUGCUGGAGGCUUUGUCUUUAACCUUGGAUUUACUGAAGCACCAGGUGGAUCUGAUAAAGUUGGUGUCUAAGUUUUGAAUGAUCAUUCAUAUUGUUGCUAGUUGUCAGCUGAUAUGUGCUCCACUGGAGAACCCCCACUUUCAUCAGCUCAAUAAUGUCUUGCAUGGCACAAAAAGAGAAUAGGCACUAGAGCUCAAGAUGCAGAGAGAUACAAAGUACCUCUCAUCAUUACUGAGUUUGGAGCUUGCACAGGAAGUGAUGCUUGUGUCUAAGAAAUCAAUGCAGUCACUGAUACUUGUGACUAAAAUUUAGUUGGCUGGGCUUACUGGGAAUUCAAGAAGUAUAAAGAUGUCACUACAACAGCUGGAUCCUCCUCAGAAGGCUUCUACGAUGAUGAUGGUACUCUUCAAACAAAGAAAGUUAAAGCUCUCGCUAGAACUUACCCUAAAGCAGUUCAAGGAGUUCCAAUUGGUUUGAGAUUUGAUACUACCUCUGGAAACUUUGGAUUUGAAUAUGUUCACGACAUGAAUAUCACAGCACCUACUGUUAUAUAUCACAGUGCUGAAUUUUACUAUUCUUCUGGCUUGGAUAUUCAAGUGACAGAUGCAAAUGAUGUUUCAAUCCCAUAAUCAUCAAUGACUGUAUUGGUUAAUAAUAACUCUGCUAAUCAUAUUCAAAUUCUAAUUGAAGACCCAACUUAUCAUGGUAAAGCUAUUAAAGUUCAAAUCACUCCAAAGAGCAAGACCUUUAUCCAAUGA